CCGUUGCAAGGUAAUCUCCUGUAUGAUCAAAUUCUACCGCUGAAAUAAUAUCAGCUUCACAAAUGAGUUAGCUAUGUUGAAAACUCAUGCCUUUUUGCGCUUAUCCAAUUCAUACCUUCUGUGAUGUCCUCAACAUCACCCUUGUCGCCAAAACAUCUAACCAAGUUAGUAAUCCAUCAUCUGCUUCCAAUUUUUACAUACUGGGCAAAUCUCCAUUGAUCCGAUAAAUCUUCUGAUUCGUCCAUCGUCUUCACAGCCUGGCUUUCCUUUACUUUUUCGUUCUGACCUGUUCCUUCACCAAUUUUCGUCGUUCUCGAGAAUUAUAAUCUCAAAUUUCAAAGGGUAUCUCUAUACCGUCUUUCUUGUUUUUAAUCAAGAUGUUUAUUAAAGAUUCUUAACUUUCAAUGGCAAUUCUUCACCUUGGUUCGAAAUUCCUUGGUGGUACGUACUAAAGUAAAAAUCUCACUCCCCCCUCACGGGAAGCCUGAAAGGGUAAGUAUGUCUUGUGGCAGAUUUGAAAAAUGUUUCUAUUCUAUUUGGUUUAAAUUUUUUUAAGGAAUCGAUUGAAGGGUCAUUUGCCCUAUAUCUGGAUGGUUCCAGAGGUAUUGUUGCUAAUGUUGUUUUUUCACUACGAAGGUAAACAAAGCCAGUUUCACAAAGGAAAGCUGCCAAAGGGAAAGGGAAUUUUGCAGAGGAUGCGACACGAGAAUUUUUUACUUUCUUCUUUGUUUAGGUUUCAUAAGGGCUACCGAGCUUCUUUUCAAUAGGAACGCUUGCUAUACAAGUUCUUUACGAACCAAGAGAAGAGAUUCAAGCUUUUUUUUAUAAAAUUUUUUGUUUUACGAUAGUUUUCUAGACGUUUGUGGGUUUUUACAUGACUUGAAUUUGAAGCCUUGAGGAUUUAAUAUUUCAGCCCUUUUGGACAAAUGGGAAUCAAAUUGUAUUAUCAUCAACAGGGCUAAUAUACACACGAAAAAGCUCUUCAUUCCAAUCUUUCUCAUUAAUAAUCUUUUCGUCUCUGAGGAGGAUGAGGUGGAUCCACAUGCUUCGGACUGAAUUGCGUUAGUAUUGUAUUCAUAAGAUUCUCGGAUUCCCAAAUCACUUACUGAGGAUCAGGACAAUUGGGACCUGAGGGGCAGAAUCCUGAUAAGUAUCGUUCACAUAUUUUUGGUUUUCGUACAUGUUUUCCACGGCAGACGGGACCUAAUGGGCAAAAACCCAUGUUGUACCAAGCACAUACACCAACUUGCUUACUAGGAUCUAAAUGAAGAUACAGACAUUCUUCUCCAUUAGAGCACCAUCCCCUCUCUGCGUAAAAAUGGCACGGUGGCAUUUUCUUUAAAUUAUACUCAUGCAGAAAGUCACAUUGCUCUCCCUUCUUACAGAGACCGCGAAGCCUAUGAUUUCAUUAAUAUCCAAAACCUUUAGUGAAAAAAAAACUACCAAUGCUUGCAAACCACGCUGCCCAUCUUGGAGCCCGAUUCGCGGCCAUGCAGUGAAUGAAGCUUUCCCGCUUCGCCAAACUCGAAAUUUCGGGCUAAAUAAUCAUCAAAUCGAAAUGUUACUGAGGAAAAAUCAGCUGCAAUCGCUUUUUCCUUAAUAUAAUCCGUCAUUUUGGCUGACUGGGGAAAUCGCUAACGACAGGUCAGGUCUCUCAUGUCUACCUUCGCUCACAGGUCCUCACGAGGAAAAUGACAUUCCGUUGAAAAUCUCAAAGAUAUUUUAUGAAACGCAUGUUUAUAGUUGUAGAAAGGAGCUCGCUCCCUUCCUACCUCUAGGUCUUCAUCAAUUCGUGUUCUCCUCCUACAGUCUAUACCAUGACAUUGAACAGCUUUCUGUUAAAAACCAGGAAAAAAUAAAAGAAAUGCAGAGAAUAUAUGAGAAAUUAGUCAAUAUUUCGGUUUCUCUCCCUGCACUUUAAGACUUGCUGCUGGGAGCAUUUGGUUUCCUGAAGAUGAAUUGACUUCUAGAGACUAUUAGAAGUUUCAUUAUGAAUAAAUUUUAGACGAGCCAUCUCUAUUAUAAUGGAAUAAAAUACCGCAGAUUGAGUUUCCCUUUUUUACUACUUUCCUACUGACCUUAGACUUGGAAACCAGUUCUUUUAACGAGAAUUCAUGCAAACAUUCGAAGGGUAGUUCUCAUUCUAUUCCAUCUGGAAAAAUUUCUCUUUUUCUCUUAUUUACGUGUAAUUUUACUACGGUUCCUCUUUGUAGAUCCCCCAGCUUCAAGAAAGGACUUCAUAUAGAAGAGAAAGGAACGUUUAGAAUUCGAUUCAUUCAGUCUAUUGAAUAUCUAUUUAAUUUUAAAUUAAGAACUGUUAAAAUAUCCUUUUGAUCGGGAUCUUGUGUUUCAAGAAUCUGGCAUUUCAUCAAGUUAGAACAUUCGUGGAGGCUAAUUUCCUUCGUUACUGAAUUUUUCACUGGUUGAUUUACUCAAUUCGUCUUCUUCUUAUCGAAACAUGCCAAUUCAGCUUGGAUUGCAGCGUAUGGUUCAACUCCUAAAGCAUUUGGGAAAUCCUCAUGAGACUUUUUGUGCUAUUCAAGUUGCCGGAACAAAUGGAAAAGGAAGUAUUUGCAGCUAUAUAUAUACAACCUUGUUACAAGCAGCCAUAAAGACUGGUCGAUAUACUAGUCCGCACUUUUUUGAGCCUAGGGAUACCAUUCAUAUGAAUGGCCGAGCCGCAAGUAAAGAAAUGUUUGAAACCUGUUAUAAGCGGGUCAUGGAGAUCGAUAAACGCUUUGGUACCAAUGCGACCGAAUUUGAGCUCUUGACAGCUACUGCUUUCGAAUGCUUUUGUCAAGCUGGUGUACGGGUGGCUGUGAUUGAGACAGGUUUAGGAGGUAGAUUAGACGCUACAAAUGUAUUUGAAUCACCUUUGUUAUCUGUGAUUUCUCGGAUUGGUAAAGAUCAUGAAGCCUUUCUCGGAAAUACACUGGAAGCGAUCGCUCGAGAGAAAGGAGGAAUCUUCCGCGAGAACGUCCCUUGUGUCAUUGAUAUAACUAAUAAAUCUAGUGUGCUAAGAGAGCUUGAAAAAGUUGCUCAAGAAGUUCACGCUGGACCUGUUUAUUUAGCUUCAGCAAAGGAGACAAAUCAGGCUCAGACUUGGAGUGUCACAAGCCCCUCUUGGGGAACGAAUGAUUUCCAGACUUCUUUGAAUGGUUCUUAUCAAGGUGCUAAUGUUGCUUGCGGUGUAUAUGCUUUGGAUGUGCUAACGGCUUCCUUCCCAUUAAUGAUUCCUCAUGCACAGAACGGAAUAAAAAACACUAUUUGGCCUGGAAGAUUAGAUUUUCGAGAGAUUCCGGGUGUGGGAAAGGUUUUGUUUGAUGGAGCCCACAAUCAAGAUGCGGCCAUAGAACUGGCCAACUUUGUGAAUCUCCAACGAGAAAAGAAUGCUACCAAGUCAGUCUCUUGGAUGGUAGCUUUCACGAAUAGUAAAGAUGCAAAGUCCAUUUUAGAUUCACUAGUUCAUCCAGGGGACACGGUCUAUGUUACCCAAUUUUCUUCCGUACAUGGGAUGCCUUGGAUUCAAUCUAUGGAUUCUAAAGUGAUUCAAGAAUAUUUAUCCAAGAAACAGAUUCGAACCAUACUCGUUGAUCCAAAAAAUAAAAAAGAAUCAUUGUGUUCUGCAGGAAGUCAAAAUCCUCUUAGUGUUGUUUGUGGAAGUCUUUAUUUACUCGGCGACAUGUACAAAAUUCUCAAUUUGGAGUAAUGCGAUACGAAAUUAAAAUACGAAUAACAUUUAAUCUCUAAGGAGCGAUUAUUCUUUCAUGAAGAAAAAUGAUUGCUUUUCUAUAGAGGAUUUUUGGUGAGAUAUAUAAUAUAAAUAUGGUAUAUAUCACGUAUAAUUUUUAUGUGUUCGUAAAUGGUGAGGGUUCUUUUUCCAAUAGAAACAUUACUUUGAUUAUACUUCAUUAUAAUCCUUUUUAUUUCACGCUUUCGUCCAUCAACCAAAUAUUUAUCUAAUAUGAUUUGCAUUCAAAUCAGUGUUUACUAACGAUCCUUUGUUCAUUCAGCUCGUAACAUAUUUCUAAGGGUGCACUAAACAUUUAUCGAGAUCGGUUUACC